AGCGAGACGGCCUGCCGGGGCUUGGGGUUGCCGCUGACGUGGUUUAGGGAGGCGUUUCUGUCGCGCGGCGGCGGCGGCAGCAGAACCCGCUCUGUCCCGGCUCAGACUGGGCCGGCUCGGCCCCGUUCCCUCUCGCUCAGCCUCUCAUUGUGACAGUGACAGAGACACUAGCCGCAUUGUGACAGGGCCAGCCGCCACCAGACAGCAGCUUCUCCGUCUCUGCUACCAGUUCGAGCCCGAUCGUCCCCCUCCCCGCGGCUGGGGGCUUGUUUAAUUUAAGGGCGGGCAAUAGGGUCGGAGUUGACUUUGCAGAACUGUCUGUCGCUGAUCGUAUAUCUCAGCUUCGGGUGUCCUUAUUUCCCUGCCCCCUUUUACCUACCUCCCCGAGCAGCCGACACAGCUUGUGUCGGCCAUUAGUCUUCCUUUCCCUGCAGAUUGCACAUUAAACUUGUGCGGACAGCUGCCAAGCGUCCUUUUAAACCCGCAUUCCCUCCUCCUCCCACACACACACAUACACACACCCCAAAGCGAGAUCGCGCCGCAAACAAAAUUCAGCAAAUUUCAGAAGACUGCUUACAGAAAGAGAAGUGUCUGUAGAAAGUCAGCGACCGUCAGUCCCUUCCAGUACAAAGGCAGCGAAAGAAGAUGUUUGACAGGCAGAGAAUCCCCUUUGUUUGCUUGGAUGUAAUAUGCCUCAUACUGGCUGGUAUGCCAAUGGGUGUUAUAAAUUUGUUCAAAGUAAACCCAUUUCAAAGAGGUUUUUAUUGUGAUGAUGAAAGCAUCAAGUACCCGUUCAAGAAUAGUACCGUCACGUCCACUGUGCUGUAUACAGUGGGGCUUUCACUGCCCAUAUCAUCUAUAAUCGUGGGAGAGUUAGCUUCGGUUCAUUGGAACCACUUAUACUCAAACUCCUUUGUUAGAAAUUCCUAUAUAGCCACUCUGUACAAAGCCAUUGGUACAUUUUUGUUUGGGGCUGCAGCAAACCAGUCCCUGACUGACAUUGCCAAGUAUUCAAUUGGUCGUCUUCGGCCUCACUUUCUUGAUGUUUGCAAACCCGAUUGGGCGAAAAUCAACUGUGAUUCGGGGUACAUAGAUGACUUCGCAUGUCUGGGUGACCCAAAGAUGUCCACAGAAGCAAGGCUCUCCUUUUUCUCUGGCCAUUCAUCGUUCUCCAUGUACUGCAUGGUGUUCCUCGCAUUUUAUCUUCAGGCACGAAUGGUGGGCGAUUGGUCCAGACUGCUACGUCCGACACUUCAAUUUGGCUUAAUUGCUUGUGCAGUUUAUGUGGGCCUCUCACGUGUGUCCGAUUACAAACACCACUGGAGUGAUGUACUGACUGGCUUAAUUGAGGGAGCUAUUGUCGCCAUCUUAGUUGUGGUGUUUGUAUCAGACUUUUUCAAAGAUAGAGUGGUUAGAAUUUCAUCUUCAGAUGAGGAAAAUUCACAUUCAACUCUUCAUGAAACACAUGGAAACCACUGUGGCAGGAAUCAUCAACAAUAAAAGAUCAUCCUGGGCAUCAGUGAAUGUAAAUCUGUCUGACAAUGUAACUAUCAGAACAGAAUUUCAUGAUGCACACCUACUCAAGUUGAUAACCAUCUUUAUGGAUAAGCAUCUGCUGCUAUACCCUUGGAAUCCACUUUGUAUAUAUUAAAUAUUCUUGUAUACAAUUAAAUUUUGUUUAUAAUUUCGUUUUUUUAUUUCUACCUUAAACUGUUAACACUAAAAUGAUGUGAAGCAGUCAGAUUAGUGCAAAAUGUAAAAUGUUUAUUAAAAUAACAGUUAUGUACAGUUUCAGCUGUUGAAGCUUGCUUUGAUGGUGCUUGAGUUCAACUACACACAAAAGCAGUGGAAAAUAAAAAAAUAUACAGUCUGCCAA